AUGCUACAAGUCGAGAUCUAUGAUCUACGGAAACUUGAUCAGUCUCUCCGCAUCGAAAACAGUAAUCUAAGCUACAAUCUGCGUUGUAUUCGCUGUUUACAGGAGGAAGAAGGCUACGUGGUUGGGUGCAUCGAAGGCCGAGUGAGUGUUCAUUUCUCCCAAGAAACGCCGACCUGCAAAUCCUACUGCUUCAAAUGCCAUCGGAAGAACGAGAACGGAACAUCGUUGGUCUAUCCGGUCAAUGCUCUGGAAGUCCACCCAUCGUCGAUCCAUUCCCAGAGCAAUCACUCCUAG